AUUGCUUUAUCACUUUCUUUCGUGGAUUUCCUACCGGGUGACCAGUUUUCUGGUAAACGCCUCUAGAGAGAAGACCAAGGUCCAAAAGGAAAUACAGGUCAUUCGUCAUCGCUUGGAUAUUCUUAGGGAACAACAAAGCAAGCAUUUGAUUGAUCUUCAGAAACUUAUGGAUAACACCGUCCAUGAGGCAGUGAAGACGCUCAUUGAGCAUCUUAAGUCGGAUGGUGUCCGAGAGAGAUUCAGUAACUGGCCCGAAGAUGAAGUUCCUAAAACAUAUGAUGAAUGGAAAAUUAAUCAGAUCCUACAGAAGAAGCUGAGAGAUUUUAUAGAUGAAUGGGAAGAAGACCACUUCAAGAAUGACAAAGAAUCCUUGGUGCAACAAAUUCGGCACAGUUUUGAAUUUUUUGAGGCUCAACUCAGGAGUCUGAGAGGCAGUGUGACUGGUGGUUUUCUCAGCGUUCCUGGCAUCGAUCCUCUACCAGAAAGUGUCAGUUUCCUGGGUCGAGUUUUUGUGAAAAUCAGCUGGCUCUUCCACAACUGGUUCAGUUCGUACUCUAAACCUCAAUUCUUACUUUCUAUGGCAUCAUCAUGGAAAGAACUUGAAAAAAGCUAUCAGUGGUGUUAUUCUGACAAACACGAUGCCAUGAAGAACCUGUCUGUAAAAUACCUUAGCGAAGCCUCGAAAGAGAGUAUUCUCAAGCCUUUCGUGAAAGGCAGUCUAAAAGAGGCCGAGCAGUAUCUAACAAAAAUUGAAACCCUAAUUCCUGAGCAAAUCGAAGCUGACAAGAGGUUGGUUGAAGAACUUUCUGGCGAAAAGCGCUCGAAAGAAGAGAUUAAAAGGACCUACCGACCAAUUCUCGACAGUGCAUUAAACAUCCGAGAGAAAGUAGCAUUUUUUGGGCUAACAGAAGCCGGUGCAGCAGAUAUUUGCAGUGAGUGGCUGAACUGGAAUCAAGGGUCAUAUAACCGCGGCGCUGGAGAAUUCCCCACUGUACACCGGGCAAAGAUGACAAGGCAUGGAGAAGAACAAGCUGUUGCACUAAAGGUCUUCCAAAAAGUGUGCCCCGCCAAAACCGCGAGCCGCGUCAUUCAGGAGGCAAAUCAGUUGAGUAAACUCGACCACCCCAAUUUGGUCAAGUUUUAUGGCACUGCAGUCGAAAAUGAAAACGACGACGUAAAGGCAAUUUUGGUGAUGGAGCUGUGCAAAGGAAACCUGGAAGAGCACUUCGAAUUUUAUCCAACAACGGUCCCUGGAUUCACUGAUAAUCGAAAAGACAUACUUCAAGCUUUCAAGUGGGUGAUAGAAAUAUGUUCUGCUCUUGACUAUAUACACAGUGUGGCACUUGUCCACAGGGAUCUUAAGCUAAAGAAGAUCUUGUUAUCAGAAGACAACACAGUGAAACUAUAUGAUGUCAACGUUAGUAAAGAAGUAGAUUCCAGCACUGGGGAGUUCAAGGGAACUCCUCGAUACAUGGCACCCGAAGUCUUCCGUUCCGAGUUGAAUGAUUCCAAGGCAGACAUCUACAGCUUUGGAAUAAUGCUAUGGGAGAUUUGGUUUGGACGACGAGCAUUUGGUGAUACUCAUUUUGAUUCAUCAGACCCCCAGGAUUUCUUCAACUUCGUUGGUAAAGGGUCACGUCCAAACGAUGUCGAAUACUUGAAGAAGCCUCCACUCCCCUGGAAAGAGCUCAUGGAAGAGUGCUGGGAUGAAGACCCAAAAAAACGCCCGACAGCUAAGAAAUGUGAGCAAACAGUAUCCAAACUUUCUAAUGAAUGGAGGGGUUAAUAAGGAGAGCCAUUCGCCAAAUGAUUUGUGAAGGCCACUGCCUAUCAUUAAUUGCUCAAGUUUAAAUAGAAAGAUCGAUUAAUUUUUUUUCUUUUUCUAACGGCAUUUCAGGGCCAAUCAAUUAUGUUUUGAUAGACGGGUAGUCGUAGACUUUUACUAUGAAGCGAGAACUGAAGUUUGUUAUCGCUUUUGUUGCACUUAUUUAUUCCUUUCAUGCAACAACGUGUUGACCCGCUGGCUCCUCGAGUAUAUAAAUUAAGGUUGAGUUCUUUUGCCAGCAAAAUUUUGUUUUUACUGCCUUAUGCGAAAGUUUCUGCUCUCACUUUUCUGAAUGCCUACAUACUCAAGAUCUAAUUCAGUAUGAUAAAUCACCUUUGAGGCAUGGGUGAACAUUAGACGAAGAAUAACUUUGCAUUCGAAGCAAAACUGCGUAUAACCAAGAUACUGAUGAGAUGAUCAGUUUACGCUUGGGCAUGCAAGGUAUUGAUAUGGGAAGAAGAGAAACAAGUAAAUGCAAUUGGUUCGGCGAGUACUUUUUAUUUUGGUAGUUUUACUGUAUCGACUUCAAGUUCGACGCUUGAUAUUUGAAAAAGAGAUCAGAAGAUUAGCUUUAUCUUAAUGUAACUUUAGGAGAUUUUUGAGUACACCAUGUAGUAUACGAUCAUAGUUACAGUAGUGAUUUAAGGUCUUUCGUGGAGUCUGAUUUUAUUACGACUCUUCUUUUUCAAGUGCAACAUUUGUUUUGAUGAGAAUGUACGUUUUUAGGAGGGUGCCUUAAUUAGUGAUACCUUUAAAAACUAUAGGUCCUGUAGAUUUUUUGUCUUUGAACUGAAGUAUCU